UUCUAUAUAGUUUCCCUCUUAUGUUCUUUCAGUAUUACACUAAAAAACUUUUUAUAUUCAUAUCCACCAGCACGCAUUAACUUAUUCAACAAAACCCCAAAAAGAGCAACAUAGCCUGUUGAACGUUAGUGUCUGUGUGGAAAGCGAACUGAAGUGUGGUCACUUCAUUGAGUCUCGACGAGGGCGGCGCUCUCCUCAACACUUCACUGAGGGGACAACACGAAACCUGGACACUGGGGCACGGACGGACGGUGCUACUGAUGAUGGAGCUACAUUUACCUUCUCUGUCUUCAGAAAGUCCGUUCUUUUAACCCUUCAGUGUCCUCUUCUGGAGAGGAAGAGCUGUCAUGGGAGACGCGCGGCACUUCACGCGCUUCUGGAUUGAUGGGAAGCCGCGAAACUUCGCAGCGCGAGAAGAACAUCACGAAUACGCGUGUCCAGCGCGGGAAAAACAUCACGAACGCGCGGUAGAACGAUGGAACGCGGACGCGAUACAUUGUAACAAAGACUCCCAUUAGGGACCAUCACAGACCAGUCUAUGCCAUGAGGAGUCAGAAGUCCCGUGGCCAGACGUCAGCCACACCUUCCCGCCAACGCUUGCCACGUUUCAGUCUUCACUCCAGGAGAAAGAAAGAAGGUGUGAUCCAGGGAAAGCUGCGUAUCCGUUCCAUGCCGGGUGCCUUUCUGGUGCUUGGGGUGGUGGUUGUUGUCGUUGGCACUGCGCUUGCCGUGGCAGGCUACUGGCCGUACAGGACCCAUCGAUCAUCAGUGGACACGGCAGAGGAAGGAUCCUCUGGAAGUGCAUCAGGAUGGGGAUUAGGGUCCAAAGGACUGUUUUCAGCAGCAAGUCUGGUUCACAGUGAAAGGAUGAAACUACUAGGACCUGUCAUUAUGGGAGUGGGACUCUUCAUACUUAUUUGUGCCAAUACGGUACUCUAUGAGAAUCGGGAUAGAGAAACUCAAAUGCUUCUAGCUCAGAUGCGGAGUGUCAUUUGCUCUGUUUCUGCAGCCGUGCCUUCGGCAGACCUCUUGCACGUGAACGCUCUUGCCAGCCACUACCAAUGGGUCAGCAGUUUACCUGCAGCCCACCUGAAUAUCCUCUGCCUCCAAGAAAUGUCCAGUUCGGAGCCUCUACUACAAGUAAAGAGCAUGGAUGAGGAGGACAGCAUUCAGCAGCAAGAUAAAGUGCACACUGAGGUUCUUCAUCAUCAGGACUCUUCCUCCACAUCCUCGAUUCACUCCUCCAACUCUUGCAAUGACAGCAAAGAGUUUUUUUGCACAGAGGAACGGGGGACAAACUCUGCACUGGAUCUGCAGGAAGAAAGUCACUUUGGACUAAGCAACUGUAUGACUGCAUCCUCUAUGUCCACUCUGGGUGGGGAGGAAUUGGAGAUCUUCUCCAUCCCACCCAGACGCUCCUACAGCAUGAGCCAUAGGACUAAACCACAUAUACUGCGCAGGGAUCUGGUGUAUUCUGAGGACAAGCCUGUGUCUUCUAUGGGUCACUAUAGACUCCUUCCAAGGCAGUCCAGCUCAGAGGUGUGUGUGAACAUGGUUGGAGCUGGCGUUGCAAGCCUGGACCUUAUACCUGUGGAAGAGCAGAAACACAGCAGCUGGCCUCGGCUAGAUCUCGGAAGCGCCAAGAAGUAUCUCAAGCUGGAGAACAAAGAGGACUCUGUGGACAAGUUACUGGACCAGCAUGAGCAGCAAUGCUUGCAGUUAAACAAAAGCUAUGGCUCAGGUCUCUUCCAGUGAGCCGAAGUUUAAUCUUUACAUCAAGGUCAAUGGCUUGCCUGAGCCAAUGGUAAUAAGAAGGAGCCUUAUAUAAUGAUAUACACUUGGAAUAACCCAACUUACAAAUGGGCGCAAGCUUCCAGUGGAUAUUGUUUGCACAGUUUCUGGAAUCCCUUGAGGUCAAUUAAUUUCCAUGACUUAGUCAUUUAUCUCACUUGACUAGUUUUGUAACUUGCUUGUUUUUGGGAUUUAAUUUGAUUUUUUAACUAGUUUGUUCGGAGACUUGACGGAAUGAAAAUAUAAACACACGUCCUGAAGGAAGCUGGGGAUGGAGGCAUAUAACAGUCAUGGGAAUGUGCUAAACAGCUUGUGAUGUCAUAGAUGAUUGGAUGGAUUCCAAUUGGAGGGAUCCGUUUGUUAUUGUUGCUAAAGCCCUACUUGUUACUGGGACACAGCAAGCAACAUUUGUUAAGCUACGAGGUAGAAUAAACGAAGACCUCGGCAGUGACUAGAUUCAAAGUAAACACAUUUCUGACUUCCGAAUUCAGGUCAGCCAAAAACAUGGCUCUGGUUUUGAUAGUUUUAAAGGCCAAAAGAUAAAGAAUGCUGGUUAUUUGACCCAUAAGUGGAUUCAAGCUGUGUGUCUGCUAUUGGAGUGUCCAUUAGAGUUCAUUUGUAUGCAAGGUAAUGAGGUAAUGCAACCUCAGUUGCAGUGUCUGUUAAUAUUUUGUGUAUGGUUUCCCUGAGUAUCUGUUCUUCUUGUGUUUCACCUUUCUUCCAUCUCUGCCAGCCGUCAGUGAAACAGAAGCAUGGUCAAUGAGGGCGCAGUGCCCUCUUGGCAUCAUUAACUAAGGUGAUCAGUGUUUUUGCAUGCACUAAUGCGGGUACAUAAUUGCUUUCCCUUUAAAGGGUGGAGUUGGAGUGAUCCCCUCUUUGCAACGAGAAUGUGUAACUUCACUCUGUUUACAAAAAUAAGGCAGUCACUCGUCUCUAUUACGUCCAUGUAGCCUGUUUUUGUGCGCUGUGUUAUUUGCUGUGGGUUCUUAAUGUAUACUGAGCGAUAUCUACACUCUGACUGACCAAUCAGUGAUCAGAACCAUUACGCCACCUUUGAAUUCCAUGCCUGUGUGGCAAAUAAAAGGCAAAACAAAAUCACUUUAAAUGUAAGUUUGUUUGCUGUCCAUGAUUUUACGUUGAUGCAAGCGAGCAUCUGGGGUCAAGGUGUGGCUUGUUAGCUGCAGCAUUAUACCCCUGCUGGGAGAUGCUGUAACAAAGAGCUUCUUUCUCCAUCGAUGGACACUCAUAUGCAAUUUCAGUUCUUAUAUACAGUGAUCGUUUUCAGCUCAGAUUGUCUCAUGAAAAAA